ACCAACUACACGUGAAUCCCUUCGGUUCGUCGCUGUGGGACUGUCUCUGGGACGUAAUACCGUGACAAAAUGGACUCUUCACUAACAGAAGAAACCGAAACACCUAUCACACCUACAUUAAAGAAGAGGAAAUGUUUAAUUGGUGAUGUACAUCUAAAGCAAAAUGCAAAAGCAGAACCUUUAUUAGUGUCUUUCUCCAAUGGACGAGUGUUGGACAAUGCUGAUUUAAAUGGAACAUUGUACCAGAACAUUUCUACAAGCAAGCGUCGCAUAAGGCAUAGAGUUUUUGUUGUUGAUACUCCAAAGAUGAGAUAUGCUGGAAAAAAUUUUGGUUUAACAGCUGGCAUGACCUCAAGGGAAUCAGUCUUCAUUGGAGUCCUGGACAAAAACACUGGAAAAAUGGAGCUUGUGGAAACAAGUUCAUUCUUACUUCAUCCAGUUCUUGAAGACAUCAAAUCAACAAACCAUCACCUAAAAGACUCCGUUCACUCUCUGACAUUUGAUGAAAAGCAAGAGCAGGUCGUAACUUCCUUUGGAACUAAGAAAGCUAAGCAGUAUGUCAAUAGACGCAAACAAUAUCAGGUAAACACAGAGGAUAUGGCACUUGCAAUAGACCAAGCUGCUUCUGCUGUUGAUUUGAAGUCUGAAGAUUUGGAACAGGGUGUGGAGGAGAAGAAUCCCUUACUUUCUAUUUUACCAGAAUGUGAUAGAGAUGCUUUGAGCAUUGAGGAUGUAUACAAGCUUGAAGUAAUUGCUCCAGACUACUUCCUUUGUAACUUCGAGAAAACUGCAAGACAUCUUUUGGCAGGGAAUGAUCCAGAUGAAAACUUCCAGAUCAAGGAAACUACACUGCACGACUUGGAUUUGGACUUUAGUCUCCAUGGUCCCAAGUCCCGUCUGUCUAGCUUGAGAGACUUUCACCAUCACAUUGGCUGCUGCAUCCAAGAAAUAUACUCCAGCAAUGACACUAUCGUUCAGCUUUCCAACGAUCAAUAUCUUUCCCCAUCUCAUCAGCCCUCUCCUCUCAGUGAGAUGGUCCUUGCUGUCGAUUGA